AUGUUUUUCUUACCGGAUUACAUACCAUCUUACGUACAAUUAUUCAUAACCAGUAGUUCAUUGUUUAUUUUAACUACUGCUGGUUUAUUAUACCAUUUCCAGUGUGAUUUAAUUUAUCCGUCUAGAUUUCCUCAAGGAUCAAGAGAACUUGUAGCAAAACCAUCUGAAUAUGGUAUGAAUUAUUCCGAGGUAAUCUUGAAAACAAAAGAUGGACUUAAAAUUAGAGCAUAUAUUUGUAAAGUACUUGUUGAUGCCAAGAAUAGACCCACCAUUUUAUAUUUUCAUGCCAAUGCUGGAAAUAUGGGACAUCGCUUACCAAUUGCACAAAAAUUUUAUUCAUAUUUCAAGUGUAAUGUUGCAUUGGUUUCCUACAGAGGAUAUGGUUUAAGUGAAGGGAAGGCUAACGAAAAAGGGAUUCGAAUUGAUGCACAAGCGUUGCUUGACUAUGUGUUGAAUGAUGAAGUAUUAAAACAUACGAAACUGGUAGCGUAUGGACAAUCACUUGGUGGAGCCGUAUCAAUUGAUCUUGUUUCGAGAAAUGAAGAUAAGUUCAGUGGCUUGAUUUUGGAAAAUACAUUUUUGAGUAUUCCAAAAGUAAUACCAAACGUUAUACCACAACUUCGUUAUAUUGCAUUUCUUUGUCAUCAAAUUUGGCCUUCUGAAAAAUAUAUACAACAAAUUGCACAUACCCCAAUAUUAUUUUUAUCUGGAAAACAAGAUGAAAUAAUACCACCAUCACACAUGAAAGAGUUAUAUGAUAUAUCAAUAACUGAAACAAAAGUAUUCAAAGAAUUCGUCUGCGGUAGUCAUAAUGAUACAUGUAUGCAACCUGACUAUUUUGACAUGAUUGGUGAAUUUCUGAAGAAAGAAGUAUUGAUGGAGGAUGUUAAUAGGGAAUGGGUUACAGUUUAA